CAUAAAAUAUAUCGGACCCGAAAACCCGGUUUUCUCUCCCCGCCUUUCUCUCUCUAGAUUUUUCUCCCAAUCAAAUCACAUUCUCUCUCUCUCUCUCUCUCUAGGUUUUUCAGAAUCCGAUCGAGCUCAGCUCAUAGCCAGAAGUGAACGAUCCACAUCCGAGUUUUGAGCUCCAAUCAAUGCCCAUUCCUCUCUGCUUGAUCCAUCAAUGUCAUCAAUUGUCGCCACUGUGAGUCUGGGGUUUCUAACUCCAACUUCUUCACUACACAUGGAGAUACAUAUGGUUUAGAAAUGAAGGCCUUGGGAAUGUUGAAACGUAGAUUAAAUUGAAACCUUGUGGAAGUUUUGAAGAUGAAGUCGAAUCCACCUCUUGUUCCUCUCGGGACUCUGCUUGGUCGCGAGCUCAGGACCGAGAAGGCUGAGAAACCCACAAUUAAGUACGGGCAGGCUGCUCUGGCCAAGAAAGGGGAGGAUUAUUUUCUGAUCAAACCUGACUGCCAGAGGAUUCCUAGCAAUCCCUCAACACCAUUUUCGGUUUUUGCGAUUUUUGAUGGGCAUAAUGGUAUAUCGGCUGCUAUAUUUGCAAAGGAGAAUCUAUUGCAUAAUGUUUUGAGUGCGAUUCCUCAAGGCAUUGGUAGGGAAGAGUGGCUUCAAGCCCUUCCUCGUGCAUUAGUCGCAGGUUUUGUGAAAACUGACAUAGAGUUUCAGCAGAAAGGAGAGACGUCUGGGACGACAGUUACAUUCGUUGUAAUUGAUGGGUGGACUGUGACUGUUGCAUCUGUUGGGGAUUCUCGAUGCAUAUUGGACACACAAGGGGGUGUGGUUUCUCUGUUGACAAUUGACCAUAGGCUGGAAGAUAAUGCAGAAGAGAGGGAGCGUGUCACUGCCAGUGGGGGUGAAGUAGGAAGGCUCAAUGUUUUUGGAGGCAAUGAGGUUGGUCCUCUUCGAUGUUGGCCUGGUGGAUUGUGCCUUUCUAGGUCAAUUGGUGACACAGAUGUGGGGGAGUUUAUUGUCCCUAUACCUCAUGUUAAGCAAGUGAAGCUUUCAAACGCUGGAGGAAGGCUUAUAAUUGCAUCUGAUGGUAUCUGGGAUGCCUUAUCAUCUGAUAUGGCAGCACAAUCCUGCAGGGGUUUACCUGCAGAAAUCGCUGCAAAGCUGGUUGUUAAGGAGGCUCUCAGGUCAAGAGGCCUGAAGGAUGAUACAACUUGCCUUGUUGUUGAUAUUAUCCCUUUUGACCAACCAAUUUUGCCACCGACACCAAGGAAGAAACAAAAUCUUCUCAGUUCAUUCAUAUUUGGAAAGAGAUUUCAAACUUCUGUUAACAAAGCAACGAAACUUUCUGCCGUUGGGGUUGUGGAGGAAUUGUUUGAGGAGGGUUCUGCAAUGCUUACGGAAAGGCUGGGUAAGAAUUGUCCUUUGAACUCGAACUCUGGACUCCUCAGAUGUGCAAUUUGCCAAGCAGAUCAAACCCCAAGUGAUGGUUUAUCUGUUAACUCUGGACCGUAUUUCUCACCUGCAUCAAAGCCAUGGGAAGGCCCGUUCCUCUGCGCAAACUGUCGGAAAAAGAAAGAUGCAAUGGAAGGAAAGAGGGCCAUUAGACCAACAGUGACCGCAUAAUCUGGUAAACCAGUAAAUAUUAAUAUUCAUUUUUUUCUGGCAGUGUGAGCAUGCUUGUUUUUUCUUUGCGGCGGUCGUUGUUAUAGAUGUGUGUAAGAAAUGUAGUAUGAGAUUCGGAAGGUUAGGUGUAUUUAAGAUUGGUAAAAGUGUGUUGAUUCUGGUUUGUGCUCGGCUGUUGGACUUUCUGACACAGAACAAACAUGCUAUCUGAUACAUAUAUUGUGAUAGUCUGACUGCUAACAGUUUGAGUAUGCAAGUAAAAAUGAUUGUUUCUAAAUGAAAUCUUUUGUCUUUGGUUUUACUA